CUCGGGGACCUGCUGCGGGACGCGAUCACCCGCCGAGACGACCGAGAAGCACUUCGACUGUUGAAGGAGGGGGCUGACCCCCACACUCUCGUUUCCUCAGGAGGGUCCUUGCUCCAUCUGUGUGCUCGGUAUGAUAAUGCCUUCAUUGCAGAGAUCCUGAUUGACAAGGGGGUCAAUGUCAACCACCAGGAUGAAGACUUCUGGACGCCAAUGCACACUGCCUGUGCAUGUGAUAACCCUGAUAUUGUCCUGCUUCUUGUAUUAGCUGGAGCCAAUGUCCUUCUCCAGGAUGUCAAUGGAAAUAUCCCAUUGGAUUAUGCUGUAGAAGGGACAGAAUCAAGCUCUAUUCUGUUGACUUAUCUGGAUGAAAACGGGGUGGAUCUGACCUCUCUGCAGCAGAUGAAGCUUCAGAGACCCAUGAGCAUGUUAGCAGAUGUCAAACACUUCUUAUCAUGUGGAGGAAAUGUUAACGAGAGAAAUGAUGAAGGUGUAACACUGUUACAUAUGGCAUGUGCCAGUGGCUACAAGGAGGUUGUAUCUCUUCUCCUGGAGCAUGGUGGAGACCUCAAUGUAGCAGAUAAUCAGUACUGGACCCCGCUUCACUUGGCAGCAAAGUACGGCCAGACAAACCUGGUGAAACUUCUUUUGAUGCAUCAGGCAAAUCCAAACCUCCUGAACUGCAAUGAGGAGAAGGCCUCAGAUCUCGCUGCCUCCGAGUUUAUUGAGGAAAUGCUGCUGAAGGCCGAAACUGCUUGGGAAGAGAAGACGAAGGAGCCUUUAUCGGCGCCUCCCCUAGCGCAAGAGGAGCCCUACGAGGAGAUCCUGCACGACCUGCCGGCGCUUCCCAGUAAGCUCAGCCCCCUGGUGUUGCCAAUUGCCAAGCAAGACAGUUUGUUGGAAAAAGACAUUAUGUUCAAAGAUGCAACAAAAGGUCUAUGUAAGAAACAACCUCAGGACAGCACUCCUGAAAACGCCACUGUGAAUGGUCCCACCAAACCCGAGCAGGUCAAGCUAAUGCCUCCUGCUCCAAAUGAUGACCUAGCAACACUCAGUGAGCUCAAUGAUGGCAGCCUGCUUUAUGAAAUUCAGAAGCGCUUUGGGAACAAUCAGAUAUACACUUUUAUCGGGGACAUCCUCUUGCUUGUUAACCCAUUCAAGGAGCUUCCAAUUUAUUCCACCACGGUCUCGCGGCUGUACCGGGGCCACGCCGGGCCGCCCUGCCCGUCUCUGCCUCCGCACAUUUUCUCCUGCGCCGAGAGGGCCUUCCACCAGCUGUUCCAGCAGCAGCGCCCCCAGUGCUUCAUCCUCAGUGGAGAAAGAGGGUCUGGAAAGACUGAAGCCAGCAAACAAAUAAUGAGACACCUGACCUGUAGAUCUGGCGCCAGCAGGCCUAUAUUUGAUUCCAAGUUUAAACACGUCAUGUGCAUUUUAGAAGCCUUUGGACAUGCUAAGACAACUCUUAAUGACCUGUCCAGCUGCUUCAUAAAGUAUUUUGAACUGCAAUUCUGCGAGAGGAAAAAACAGUUAACCGGAGCCAGAGUUUAUACAUAUAUGCUAGAGAAAUCCAGACUCGUUUCACAGCCUCUUGGCCAGAGCAAUUUUCUGAUCUUCUACGUGUUGAUGGAUGGGCUCUCUGCUGAGGAAAAAUAUGGACUUCACCUGAAUAAUUUAUGUGCACACCGGUAUUUGAACCAGACCCUGCGGGAAGACGCGUCAGCAGCAGAGCAUUCCCUGAACAGGGAGAGGUUUGCUCUUUUGAAACAAGCCCUGAAUGUAGUUGGCUUCAGUAACUUGGAGGUGGAGAAUCUGUUUGUGAUUCUGGCAGCGAUAUUACACAUCGGCGACAUUCGGUUCACUGCUCUGACGGAGGCCGACUCUGCCUUGGUGUCUGACCUCCAGCUCCUGGAACAAGUGGCCGGGAUGUUACAGGUCUCGGCAGAUGAACUGGUGUCUGCUCUAACAACUGAUAUCCACUAUUUUAAAGGAGACAUGAUCACACGACGGCACACUAUAGAGAUGGCUGAAUUCUACAGGGAUCUCCUGGCCAAGUCCUUGUACAGUCGUUUGUUUAGCUUUUUGGUGAACAGCAUGAAUUGUUGCCUCCACAGUCAAGAUGAGCCCAGCAGCGUGCAGGCGUUGGAUAUUGGAAUACUGGACAUCUUUGGUUUUGAAGAAUUUCAAAAGAAUGAAUUUGAACAACUUUGUGUCAACAUGACCAAUGAGAAGAUGCACCACUAUAUCAAUGAAGUGCUUUUUCUACACGAGCAAACAGAAUGUGUACAAGAGGGAGUUACCAUGGAAACAGCUUAUUCUCCUGGUAACCAGACUGGAGUUUUGGAUUUUUUUUUCCAGAAGCCAUCUGGAUUUCUCUCUUUAUUGGAUGAAGAAAGUCAAAUGAGUUGGUCAAUGGAACCAAAUCUUUCAAAAAAACUACAAAGUCUCCUUGAAUCCUCAAAUACCAAUGCAGUAUAUUCCCCCAUAAAGGAUGGCAAUGGGAAUGUUGCCCUCAAAGAUCAAGGCACAGCAUUCACUAUUAUGCACUAUGCAGGACGGGUAACGUAUGAAAUUGUUGGAGCAAUUGAAAAAAAUAAAGACUCUCUUUCACAGAAUCUUCUAUUUGUAAUGAAAACUAGUGAAAAUGUCGUGAUCAAUCAUUUGUUCCAGUCGAAACUGUCACAAACAGGAUCCCUUCUAUCUUCCUAUCCUUCUUUUAAAUUCAGAGGACAUAAAUCUGCCCUGCUCAAUAAGAAAAUGACAGCUUCUUCAAUUAUCGGGAAAAACAGGAAUUAUCUAGAACUUAGUAAGCUAUUAAAAAAGAAAGGAACUUCUACAUUUCUUCAAAGACUGGAACGAGGAGGUCUCGUAACUAUUGCCUCUCAACUCAGGAAAUCUCUAACGGAUAUUAUUGGAAAACUUGAGAAGUGCACUCCACACUUUAUUCAUUGCCUCAAGCCCAAUAACUCAAGGCUGCCAGAUACCUUUGAUAAUUUUUAUGUGUCUGCUCAGCUACAAUAUAUUGGGGUCCUGGAGAUGGUGAAGAUCAUCCGGUACGGAUACCCUGUUCGCUUGUCCUUCUCAGAUUGCCUAUCAAGGUAUAAGCCCUUGGCAGAGACACUCCCCAGCGAGAAGAAGAAGCUGUCUGCUGAGGAGAAAUGUCGGCUUGUCCUGCAGCGGUAUAAAUUACAGGGCUGGCAGAUGGGAGUGCGAAAAGUGUUUCUAAAGUACUGCCAUGCCAACCAGCUCAAUGACCUGUGCCUGCAGCUGCAGAGAAAAAUCAUCACCUGCCAAAAAGUUGUAAGAGGAUUUCUGGCACGCCAGCACUUGCUUCAGAAAAGAAGCAUCAGACAGCAAGAGGUCACAUCCAUCAACAGCUUCCUGCAGAUUACAGAGGACAUGGGGCUAAAGACCUAUGAUGCCCUGGUCAUUCAAAAUGCCUCAGACAUUGCCCGUGAGAAUGACCGGCUCCGGAAUGAAAUGAACGCUACUUCCCACAAAGAGAAGUUCGAGGCCAGGGGCAAGCAAGAGGAAGGAACCAAAAGGACUGAAGACAAGGGCGCCCCCAGGCACUUCCACUUGGGCCCGGCCCCAGUCCCCGUGGCCGUGGACAGCCUGGCGCAGUCCCUGGCUGGCUCCUCCACGCGCUCGCCUUCUCUGCACUCGGGGUUCAGCCUGGAUGACAGCGGCGGCCUCCCCUCGCCUCGGAAGCAGCCUCCGCCCAAGCCCAAGAGGGACCCCACGACGCGGCUGAGCGCGUCCUACGAGGCGGUGAGCGCCUGCCU